UCCUACCCCAAGGCGAGUCUGUUCCUGGACGCAUGAGGGUUCGGCUGUAGCGUGUGCUCUUGGGCUUUUCUCCUCAAAGAAAUCCAUCUUGCGUCUGUCUCUAUAAGGAAAGUGUUUGCCAUCUGUCUGUCUCCACAGAUCCAGCGGUGGUUAACCAUGUGUGGGAUAUGGGCCCUUUUCGGCAGCGACGAGUGUCUGUCUGUGCAGUGCGUCAACGCCAUGAAGAUCGCACACAGGGGGCCGGACGCGUUUCGCUUUGAAAAUGUCAAUGGCUUCACCAGCUGCUGUUUCGGCUUCCACCGCCUGGCCAUAGUGGACCAGCUGUAUGGGAUGCAGCCGCUGCGUAUCAAGAAGUUCCCUUACCUUUGGCUGUGCUACAAUGGAGAAAUUUAUAACCAUCACAGGCUGAAGAAGCAGUUUGACUUUGACUACCAGACCAGAGUAGAUGGAGAGAUUCUGCUUCAUCUCUAUGACAGGUUUGGGAUUGAGAAGAUGGCAGCCCUUCUGGAUGGGGUGUUUUCCUUUAUCUUGCUGGAUACCGCUAACAGGGUAAUCUGUCUGGGAAGAGACACUUAUGGAGUUCGCCCAAUGUUUAAACUGCUAACUGAGAAUGGGUUCCUUGCUGUGUGCUCUGAGGCAAAAGGACUCAUCAAUAUUACUCACUCCAUGAGUUCGCCAGCUGAAAUCACCCCAUUCCCCCCUGGUCACAUCCAGGUGUUCAAUUUAAAGCUGAGUGGCAAAGUGGAGUCUGUGAAGCUGGAAAGGUUUCACAGCUGUAAAGAUGAGCCCAAGCAUGCAGAGUAUGACAAUAUUGAGAAGCUCCCUAAAGGCUUUGAUCUGGAAACUGUUAAAAACAACAUUCGGAUCCUGUUUGAAAAUGCAGUAAGAAAGCGUCUGAUGGCUCACAGGAGGAUUGGCUGCCUUUUAUCAGGGGGUCUUGACUCCAGUUUGGUAGCUGCAACGUUGUUGAAACUUGCACAGGAGGACGAUCUCAAAUAUCCAGUGCAGACCUUCGCCAUUGGAACUGACGACAGCCCUGAUAUCCACGCUGCUAGAACAGUUGCAAAUUACAUUGGCAGUGAACACCAUGAAGUUCUCUUCACACCUGAAGAAGGCAUCCAGGCUGUUGAUGAGGUCAUCUUUCACUUGGAGACCUAUGACAUCACCACAGUGCGCGCGUCAGUGGGAAUGUAUUUGGUGUCCAAGUAUAUCCGAGACAAAACGGACAGCGUGGUCAUUUUCUCUGGUGAAGGCUCCGAUGAGCUCACACAAGGAUACAUCUAUUUCCAUAAAGCUCCAAGCCCCAAGGCGGCCGCGGACGACAGCCUCCGCCUCCUGGAGGAGCUCUACUUGUUCGACGCCCUUCGCGCCGACAGGACCACAGCGGCCCACGGUUUGGAGCUGAGGGUGCCAUUUUUGGACCACAGAUUUACAGCUUACUACCUCUCCCUGCCCGAAGAGAUGCGAGUGCCGAAGAACGGCGUGGAAAAGCACCUUCUGAGAGCAGCCUUUCAGGACACCAAGCUGCUCCCGGAUGAGAUCCUGUGGAGGAGAAAGGAAGCGUUCAGCGACGGCUUGUCUUCCACCAAGAAGUCCUGGUUUUCCAUUCUGCAGGAGCACGUCGAGUCCAAGGUGAAUGAUCUGGAGCUGGAGAAAGCAGCAGUGAAAUUUCCUCACAAUCCACCAAAAACGAAAGAGGGGUACUUCUACCGGCAGAUCUUUGAGAAGCACUACCCCGGCAGAGCAGAUUGGCUGUCGCAUUACUGGAUGCCAAGAUGGAUCGCUGCCAGUGAUCCGUCUGCCCGGACUCUGUCCAUCUACCAGCCCGAGAAGAAUCCGGAGUAGAGUGUCCUCGACUCUCGCAUGGUUCCACCCAUAAUGCUACAGUUCCAACCCUGGUUCCAGUAAUCAACACUUAUAUAGAUUUGUAUUUGUAAGCUUUCCUUUUUGUCAAUCACUCUAUUGUCUGUAAGUCAUAAAAUCUGCGUCAUGCUUCACAAUUGACAUAAAGACGUUAACCUCAUAUCCCCUCACAUCUUUCUGGGUGGCAAAACAGAAACCUGGAGCUUAUGUUCUAAGGAAAUGUAAGAUAAUUGUUGUGUGCAGAUUUGCUUAUUUUCUAGUUAUUUAUUGACAUCAAUAUUCGAAAUGCCUUGAAUAAAUAAAGAAUUUGGAACAGUUUAUUUUUCGGUUUUUAACUUUGUAAGAAAAUGAAACAGUGUCCUGAAAUGUAAUUUCAUUUUAUUCCAUUAUCUUAAAAUGCUGCGUGUUGACUGAAAAAUGUACUGUAUGUUUAACACAUUACCAUGGCUUCUAAAGACAUUUACAUUUUUCACUUGUUCCAUUGAGUGAUUGCAUAAAAUGGACAGAAAUCUGCCUUUUUAGAGUUUAUAUUUAUAGUUCUAUUUUCAUGCAUAUAUUGCACUUGCUGUGUACUGGAUGGGUUACUUUAAUUAAAGUAAGGAACCAGUCUUA